UCCUCCUCGGUCCUCCUACACUUAAGGCUACUUCACCAGAUGGUGCAGCCUCGUCUUUGUUUACCCAUCGUCCCUGAGUUUACUCAACUCACCCUGGAAACCAAAGAAUGGACCCUGCCCUGGCAGCACUACCGCCGGACACCGCCAAGUACGUGAGCCCUAAAAUUGGAAGAGCUUGACAUCAUGAUGAAAAAGCGACAAUAGAAAAGUUCCGCCAAACUUUCAUCCCUCUGCUGCAGCUGGAAGUGACUCUUAUUUUGAAGUCGCUUGACAAUACACAAGUUUGACAUCCAAGUAGAUAUAAGAGAUGUUCUGUGUUCCUGUUUAAGUGGAGCCAAAGGACAAACAAUGACUGCUUAAAACUCACUUUGUCAACGGACAAGGGGAAGUUCUCCGGCACAAUGUUGAAGCAAGGUGAUGCACCAUCCAAACGACGCCCCUGUGGUGGUAGUGGGUUCAACCAGCCUCUACCAUCCUCCUCUGCCCAGCAAGGUCGUACCCGGGCUGUAGAGGUGGCAAGAGGAAGAACAGGUUAUGGUUUUACACUGUCAGGUCAAAGUCCAUGUGUCCUCAGCUGCAUCCUUAAAGGGAGUCCUGCAGAGUAUGUAGGAUUACGCUCGGGGGACUACAUUCUCUCUGUCAAUGACAUCAAUGUCUCUAAGGCAUCCCAUGAAGAUGUGGUCAAACUGGUUGGACGCUGCUCUGGCGUCUUGAAACUUGUCAUUGCUGAGGCAGAGCGUCCCAGGCGGCACCAUCACCACCAACGCUCUUCCGGUCGUCACAGUAGCAGUAGUGUAAUGGCGGCAUCUUACCUGGACUCCUGCUCGAGUGAGGAUGAGUUGGAUGGUUUUUAUGACAACAGCAUUAACAAUAACAACAACAGUAGGUCAGGCUCUGGAGCCCGCGGGGGGUGGUAUAAACCAAAGAUAGAUCCCAAACAGCUGGGCAUCAACAGGGCAGAGAAGGUCGUGGCGGAGCUGCAGUCAGGAGGCAUUUUUAACAUGAUCUUUGAAAACUCCAGCCACUCCUCCAGCAGCUCAGACAAGGAGAGAUCCGGGGCAAGCUCAUCAUCAAAGCCGCGCCCGCUCUCUGAUCCAGAGUUCCCUCAAUAUCAGAACACAGCUCGCUUCCAGAGCAACCCCAACCUUCUCUCUGAAGAGGAGAUGGCCCAAGUUCUGAAUGAUGACUCAGUCUUUCUGGACUCAGAUUUUCGUCAGCUUCACCUUCACCAUCAUGAAGAACAAGACUUGGAUGUAGGAGAUGGUGGUGACUUGGUCUUGGAGCCCAGUGAGGGCAUCCUAAAUGUGGGCAUGAUUGUUGGUUAUUUAGGCUCCAUUGAGCUGGCCUCCACAGGGAUGAGUUUAGAGAACGACAGCCUGCAAGCAAUAAGGUGCAGCAUGAGGCGUCUCCGAGCUGAGCAGAAGAUCCACUCACUGGUUCUUAUGAAGGUCAUGCAUGACAGUGUGUGUCUGUUCAGUGACAGAGGUCAAGUUCUGGCCACCUACCCAGCAGAGAAACUAGCCUUCAGCGCCUGCUGUCCUGAUGACCGCAGAUUCUUUGGACUCGUCACGAUGCAAGCCACUGAUGACCAGGAAGAUUAUUUCUUUAGCAAUGGACGGGAUGAAGAGGGGAGUUUGAGGACUUCCUGUCACGUGUUCAUAGUCGACCCAGACCUCUGUCACCACCAGGUCCAUUUGGGGGUAUCAAGGAGGUUUGGCUUUGAGUGCACUCCUGACCCAGACACAGGAGGCUGCCUUGAAUUCCCACCCAGUUCUCAGCCUCUCCUCCAGUUCGUCUCCGUCCUAUACAGGGACAUGGGAGACAACAUCGAGGGGGUCCGGGCUCGAGCAUUCCAUGAUCCAGACAACGAUGCCCAACAGAACCACAGCACGAGCAGCAACAGUGACAGUGGUAUCUGCAACUUUUUACCAGAAGAGAAGAGCAACAGAGUGCUCUUAGUAGACCUUGGAGGUCCUCCCAACCACAACCAUCUCUCUGGGCUACGCCACUGGGACAGCCCACCUUCAUCUCAGCAAGCCUGGAGCCCCACACUAGGAGCUGCAGCCCCUCACCCUCCUCCUCCUCCUCCCCCUCCUCCAGCUCUCAGGAAUGGCCAUUACCGUCAUGAACCACACCUGGCUGACCCCCCUCACCCUCUCCCUUUGGCUGAUGCUCCUGGCAGGUUCUCUCGAGGCGUCCACCCACACCACUACUCACAAGGGAAGCGGGGAGGAGCUGCAGUGGGAGGAGAAAAGAGAGGGGCUGGAGGGGCAGGGGUGGACCAGCAACGGUGGCUGCCUGUCCAUGUGCUGAGAGACUGGCGUCAGCAGCACCACCACAGCCACCUUCAGGGCGUUAGCAGUGAUCAGGAGUCCUAUGCAGAAUCCACAGACGGAUGGUCCUCAGCUAACUGCAGCACCCUGCCUCCACCCAUGAACAAAAUUCCAGCCGACCGCUACCGGGCCCCGCUGGCCCCCGGAGACCACCUGCCACCUGGAGGGAGUCAGCCUCCUCCUCCUCCUCCUCCUCCACCAAAUCCCCACUCCCACACCCACCGACUGGCUGUUCAGAAAGAUGAGUGGGCUAAGAAGCUGUUUGGUGCCGGGGACAGAGACAGAGCUGGAGCUGAGAGAAAUGACAGAGAGAAGAAGCGUGUUCAUUCAAAGGAUGGCGAUAAAAAGGGCGGUCGGUUUCGUGGUCUAACCAUGGGCUUCCCUCCACUCCCGCGCUCAUCAGCCAGACGGUCAUUUGGACGCUCCAAACGUCUCAGCCUGGCUCGCUCUCUGGAUGACCUGGAGUCUGCAGCAGUCUCUGAUGGAGAACUCAACAGCGCAGAGCUGCAGGGCUGCGGCAGUGACAACAGUCUGAACAGCAAUGCCAGCCUCCCCAGCGUUCAGAGUCACCGACGCCACACUGAGAGGAGGGUGGCCAGCUGGGCUGUUUGCUUCGAGAGACUGCUUCAGGAUCCCGUGGGGGUCCGCUACUUCUCGGAGUUUCUGAAGAAAGAGUUCAGUGAGGAGAAUAUCCUGUUCUGGCAGGCUUGUGAGUUCUUCAGCCACGUCCCUGAGAAUGACAAGAAGCAGCUCUCUCAGCGUGCCAGGGAGAUCUACAACAGCUUCCUGUCCAGCAAAGCCACAACACCCGUGAACAUAGACAGUCAAGCUCAGCUGGCUGACGACAUACUCAACGCCCCCCGGCCUGACAUGUUCAAAGAGCAACAACUGCAGAUCUUCAACCUGAUGAAGUUCGACAGCUACACACGGUUCCUCAAGUCUCUGCUGUACCAGGAGUGUAUGCUUGCUGAGGUGGAGGGAAGGCCCCUACCUGACCCUUACCACAUCCCAAGCAGCCCAACCUCUAAAAACAGCACCACUGGUUCCGACCGCUCCAACAUUUCAACACCCAAGAAGGAUGACAAAAAGAGCAAAUCAGGCAGAUCUUUAAAUGAGGACAGCCGGGAGGAUUCAGGAGACCGCAAGAAAGGCAUGUUCUUCUCCUGGUCCCGUAACAGAAGUUUCGGCAAAGGCCCAAAGAAACGAGAGCUGACCGACUUCAACUACAAUUUCUCUGGCAACAAUGGACGCCGUGAAUCCCAGGGAUCGCUGUCAUCAGGAGCCAGUCUGGAGUUGGGGACAUCAGGGCAGGGGAAGAACGAGGGUGAAGUUCCCUCAGUGUCAACAGACCGUGGAGGAGGCAGCACCCCCUUGAGGCAGUGUAACAUAAGCUUACCUGAUGGCUCAUGUUGCUCUGUGCCACUGAGGGCUGGAGUUUCUAUCAGGGAGUUGCUGCUGGGCAUCUGUGAGAAGCUCUGCAUCAACCUUGCAGCUAUAGACCUCUUUCUGGUUGGAGGGGAAAAGCCACUUGUCCUGGACCAAGACUGUUUGACAUUGUGCUCUAGAGACCUACGACUAGAAAAACGCACCCUCUUCAGACUCGACCUGGUCCCCAUUAACCGUUCAGUGGGUCUGAAAGCGAAGCCCACCAAGCCAGUCACAGAGGUCCUCAGGCCUGUGGUAGCCAAAUAUGGCUUACACCUCCCUGACUUGGUGGCCCGCAUUAGUGGGGAGAUGGAGCCACUUGAUCUAGGUCUUCCCAUAUCCAACCUGGAUGGGCUGCGAGUGGUAUUAGACAUUGCAGAACACACUCCUGGAAAAGACAAACAGAAAGUUGCUUCCUCUAAGAGCCAUGUCCCUGCCUCAGUGGGCAGAAACCAAUCAACUACAGGGGAGGACAGGCCAGCAGGGAAAGCUGGUUCAGCCCUGCCCCAUGGGGAAAAUGGCAAGGCUGGGCCCAACCCUGACAGUAGCAGCCAGCCCUUACCCAACCACUCUGUCUCUCUUCAUAAGGCUCUGGAGAAAAGAAAGCAGAAAAAGAUUAAUAUAGACGAAGCUGAAGAGUUCUUCGACCUCAUAUCCAAAGCUCAGAGCAACAGAGCAGACGACCAGCGAGGCCUGCUAAACAAAAGUGACCUACAGCUCCCAGAUUUUCUGCGCCUGACACCAGUGGCAACCAACCAGGCUAGCCCUCCUCCCUGUGAAUCUGAGCCCGGUUGCUCAACUCCGUAUUCCUGCAACCCCAACAAUGGAAGCUUCCCUCGCAACGGUCGCCAGGGCAUCAAGGCAAAAAGCAAUGACAGGGGAGGAGGCAGCACCCACUUGCUCAAUGCAAGCCAUCAGUCCCAGAGCUUGGAUUCUGCACUUGGCACUGAGAGUAGAGGGGGGAGGAAAACCAGACCUCCCCCUCCGUUUCCUGGCAUCCUCUCCCCCAUCCAUCCGUCCCAGGGUGCCCACUGUGGCCCCAUCCUGGACUCUGUCAGGGGAGAAUCAGUCCAGAUGCUGGAAGAGGACACCCUGUCUGAACUGACUCUGGUUGGAGAGGGUGACAUUAACUGCCCCAGUCUGAACUACGUCACUCCCUCACCCCUACAGUGCAACCCUCACCCCCGGCACGAAGCACAGGAUGAUCGUCCCAGCUCAGGUACUUCCCCGGUGUGAACUCUUGAAACUUUUCACCCAAUAAAGUCAGCCUGAAGUUCCUUGUUGGUUUGUGGCCCAGAAUGCAUCCAGCUCUCCUCCCUUGUUUUCAUAAAUCACUUUCUACUAGAUAAAAUAAAGGCAAAACCAUUUCAGAUAUAAACACAGGAAAUAAUGGAAAACACUGAUCUGGAUAGUUGAUGAAUUGAUAGAGUGAAGAAUGCACUACCCUGCAGCCAGCUUCUACUUCAAAUCAACAUCAUCCUUAAGAAAAAAUAUUUCAUGCACAUGCAGAGAGGAAAGAUUGAUGCAUUACGCAGCUGUCAGUGUAUAACUUCUCCCUGUUUUUCCUUGCAUAAUGUGUGUCUGUGUGAACUUUUGAGUGACUUGCUGUGAUUUUCCUCUGGAAAUGUAAGCUUAGGCCAAGUACCGAAUGAGUUGCUGAUAACCCGUGCCAUCACCCCAGCUCUCCGACCCCAUUGUACAGAAUGUAACAAUGCACUUUAGCCAAUUACAAACACAAUCACAAAAACAAACCACACUGAUUCCACUUUAAUGGAAUCAUGUCUUAUCUUUUUUUUUUUGGACUGUUCAAAGUUUCAGUGUCAUGCUACGAUAAGGUAGCAUUUUAUUUGAUAACCAAUAAUCAAUAGAUGCUAAAUCCACACUAGUAAUGAGAAUCCAUCACUUCAUCUUUAAGUUGACCAUUAAUUAUUUAUAACUUGUUACAUGCGUUUAAGCUCACUGCAUUUCAGGAUGCUGAACAUAUGUUCAGCUGGACACACCUUUGCUCAAUUUUAGCACAUUCUGUGUUUCCAUCACUAUCCUCUCCCCUUAUUGAUGGUGUCAUGAAACAGAUUAAAGCUAUCGUCCUCUCUGACCAAAUCAUCAGAAAAACUCUGCUCUGAGCAGACCUUUUUUUCCUCUUUGUACUCCAUCAAACAGGAGCAUCAGUGUCUUUCCUUUCCACAGUCUUGCACUUCUGCAGAGUUUUGAACUUUAUUUUAAUGCCGGUCUUAAGCUGGAAGAUUUGGAGUAACAAGUCACAUCGUUUCACUUAUCUCUCAUACUUUAUCCUGUACUGGUAGAUUAUCUCAACCUCCUUUUCCCUUUUAAGAUCUGCCAGUUACAAAUAUUAAUUUGUAUAUAGUCAUCUUUUUUAAUUCACUGUAUUGCUAUAGUCAUUGUUGAUAUACAAUGCAGCAAUACUGUUCUCUUCAGCUGUGUCAUGAUAGCCAUCAGUUUUCCUCUGGUCUGUUCAGUUGACUGCUCUGUCUGUAAAUAGUUCAAAUAAAUGUUUUAAAGGUUGAACUCUGUCUCUGGA